AUGGUCAUUGGAAAGCUUAGAUCUGUAACCAAAAAGAUUGAUGGUGCUUUCGGUUCUAUACCAUCUUCUCAGUUAUCUAGUUAUCCUACUUUACUUAAUAAGACUUUAAUUUCUUCUGUCGUUAGAAGGGUCGUGUGGUAUCCUGUGGUGCCAUUGGUAGCUCAAUUUUGUAACUCUUUCUUUGAAACUUAUGCAUAUGUUAACCACGUAGUCUCUUAUCCUCUAUUUUUACUUUGCUACAUUGGUAUGUCACUUCAAGUAUUUUCUCAAGAUAUUGCUGUUACUCGUGCUUUUCAAGCCAUUAAGCUACAUUGGUGGAUCACCAAUGUUAAUCGUUAUGAAUUUACUUAUCCUCAUCGAUCUUACAACAAAGCCAUAAUUGAUGAAUUUAGCAUACCAGGAAAAACAAGUAGUAUUGUUGAAUUGAAAAUUUUGAAUUGCAACAAAACUAAUAUCAUUAAAAAUGAUAUUAUCAAUAAUGAUGAUGAUGAUUUUAUUAAUGACGAUGACGAUAUUAAUAACAACAAUAAUAAU